CACAAUAAUCAUGUGGUGAAUCUGAUAUUAUGGCGACUCUAAUAGAGAAUUUGUGCAAGUGAAGUAUCAUUUGGUUCUUCUCGUCAUGUAAGUAUGUAUUGUAUGUAAAUGUAUUACAUAUAUACUAUACAGGUGGUUGCAAUUUGUUUGGGCGGUAUGUGAAAAGACUGUCAACCAAUUUGAAAAUUAAAAAUUACAGUUUGAAUAAAAAAUUUGUAGAUCCACACUUUAACAGGCCAAGCAGAGGCAAGACAGAAGUACUGGAAGAAUUGCUAAACUGUUGUUUGUUUGGAAAUAGUCACAGCAUAUAAUUCCCCCUAAAACCACAAAUUAUUUUCACAUUUCUGUUCAAACAACCAAAUACAGCAUAUUUAUGCUAAUUUCCCCUCAGGGAUGAACAAAGUCAUCUAUCUAUCUAUCUUAACUGGUAAGCAUCAGAGGUGCUCAUAAGGUGUAUUUUGUCAGUUAGCUGUCUGUUUCCAGUCUAAAUGCUAAGCUAGGCUAAUCACCGCCAGGUUCCACCUCCAUUUUUUUAAUCUUCUUAUCUAACUCUGCAGAAAAGCUAACAGCAUAUUACCCAAAAUGCUGACCUACCCAUAAGAAAACUUGGACUAUUGGGCAGGUUGUUAUCAUUAACAAAUUAAAUCAGACCAAUAUAAAUCUUAAUACAUUUCCAGUUUUGCUUCUACAGUUGUGUACAAUACCAUCUUCUGACAAUAUCUCUGGUAACUGGUAGUUUUCUACUGGUCAAGCUGUCCCUGCUAUUGGAGCAACUAAGGCUUCCUAUUUCAUUUUUAUUUUUUAGAAAAUGUAACAAUCCCAGCUGAAUCCAUGAAUGAUUUCAAAUGUGUCUCAGAGCCAUGGUAUGUUCACGUGUGCUUCCCCUUUUAGCAUAUGGCACAGAUUCAGACUCAUGUGCAAGGUAUAACCAUUUCUCUUCCAAAGGCUGUACAGUCUGGCUGCUUACUGUGAAGAUAGAGAUGACAGGGACAAAAAUAACCCAAGGUCUGAUCAAAAGCAGCUGUCUCAAACUAUCCGUGUCUGCAUUCAAGCAGAUGUAGUGGGUGUUAACUGCUGCAGCUUUACCUUCACAGCCAUCAUUAAUGCUAAAGGGAACCAACUGGCUCAGAUGGUACUGGGCUGGGCUGAGUGUUUAAAUUAGUGUCUGCUUCAACCUAAAUCCACAUUUGAUUGCACAGGUUCAGGUCUUAUUCAGGUGUAUGCGUCACUUCGAGCUCAGUUUGGCUUUUCUCUUUAGCUGUUUUCCUCUUUUGGUCUUACAGAGAUCAGGUUUUCUGGCACUAGUUGAGAUCUCCCUGAGCUCCAUGACUGUUGCACCACCAGAAAGGAGUGUCAGGGAAUUUUUGUCCACUUUUGUCCUCUGAGAGAUCAUCUCUACUCUCUUCGUAAUUAACGGUAAUGAACUCUGCAUUCUCAGUGUUGUUCUGUGCUGCACUUUAUGUGAACCUUCAUCAUGUGGGAAACGUUUUGCUUGUUUUCCUCAUUAUAAAGAGUCAUUAAGAAUUUGCUGUCUUGAAGCACAGAAGAUGUAGGUUACAGUACUGGAUCACAGGACAUUUUGUGGGCCUUACAGUCUUGGCAGAUCUCUCCCCAAACCAAAGCUAUUAGUUAUCUCAGUACUCACCACUGCAUGGUUGCCUUGGUUUGAUAAAAUCUUUGGGCCACUUGAUACACGCCUGUUGUUUGGGUAAUGAUGUCAUUAUACGGAAAUGGAUAGGCCCCUCACUGUUCAUUUUUUGGGCUGAGGCAUGGGAAUAGGAGUGGGGGAAAUUACCUUAAACAUCAGCAAAGAGAUGGGAGGGGCCGUGAGUCAAACAUUCCCUAUUAACUUGGCUGUUUGUUUAGAGAAUAGCUCGGGUCAACUGGACAAGCAGCUGUUGCUUGUUCUGUAUUGUCUAUCAGAAGAUUGUGUUAGUGAUGGUAUUGUUUUAAACACUCUUUUUAGACCUUUGAUCAGCAACUGUAAAGUAGGGAUUAUCAGUUACUGUAUAUGUCUUCCAUAUGAAGCUGAAGUUUGGGAACAGUUGUAUUGUGGUGGAGCUCACAUUACUGCUGCUGUACCGUCACAGGCACAGCAGCUAAAACGAUAUAUCCAGGGACUUCCCCGGGCUUCAUCUUUGCCACCCAGAUUCUCUUGCUAAUAAUAAAGCUCGUCUAAUGCUGUCACCACCAGUGUUUGCUCUCUCUCUCUCUCUCUUCCAUUUUUACUUCUUACUUGUUGCCCCUUCCUGUUUAAGACCCUCCUCAUCUGUGGGGCACCAGUGCUCCUGCUGCCACACGACCCAGUUUCCUCUGGAGGAAUUCCCUCCUUCUUCCUGCCCCUCCUCGUAAGGCUCUGAAGGAAGGCCAGAGCUAGAGAGGUGUCCAAGAGUGAAGCUGCACAGUUAGUUCUGCAAAGUUACAUUGAACCCAGGGAUGGAGAAACAGGGAGCAGGGUGGUGAUGGAUCUGGUAUAGGGACUCAGAGGGCGACAUGUGGUGUCUGCAGUGUGCCUCUGACAGGACUCAGUCCUUACUGGAGCUGGAAUCAGACAGUUGUGUGGAAGGUGAUGCCCCAGGCAGCGAGGUGGGCGCCUCUGUGGACCCCAGCGGUGGCUACAGUUGCGUACCAGUGACCCACAGCGGCGGGCUUGGCCCCGACCACCUGGAUAGCCAGCUCUACGGACACAUCUUCCUGCCUGGCCACCCGCGGCCCCGUCGACCCAAGCUCCAGCAUUCCCAGUCUAUCCUCCGCAAGCAGGCAGAGGAGGAAGCCAUCAAGCGCUCUCGCUCGCUGUCCGAGAGCUAUGAGCUCUCCUCAGACCUGCAGGACAAGCAGGUGGAGAUGCUAGAGCGUAAAUAUGGUGGGCGUUUCAUAACCCGGCAUGCAGCCCGUACCAUCCAGACAGCCUUCCGACAGUACCAGAUGAACAAGAACUUUGAGCGUCUUAGAAGUUCUAUGUCUGAGAACCGUAUGUCCAGACGGAUCGUCCUUUCCAAUAUGAGAAUGCAGUUUUCCUUCGAAGGACCUGAAAAAGUCCACAGCUCCUACUUCGAGGGAAAGCAAGUCUCACUAACAGAUGACAGCACCAAAAUCGGAGCACUGGUGCAAUCAGAGCAUGGUGGGGAAAUGGGAAUGCAGGCCAAGACACCCACAUCACAGAGUGACUUCACAGACGCUAUCACAGAACUAGAAGAUGCCUUCUCCAGGCAGGUCAAGUCUCUAGCUGAGUCCAUAGAUGAUGCUCUGAACUGUCGCAGUCUGCAUGGUGACGACAGCCAGUCAGAGCCAGGGAGAGGGCACCAGGAUAUGGACAGGGAGGUCAGCUGCCAGGUGAAACCCUCCCACAGUGCUUCAGAUCACCGCAAACUGGACGAGAUGACAGCAUCUUACAGCGAUGUCACCCUUUACAUCGAUGAAGAAGAGCUGUCGCCGCCACUGCCUCUGUCUCAGUCUGUAGAUCGACCCUCCAGCACAGAAUCAGACUUGCGCCAGCGUUCCCUUAACUCCUCACAGGACUACUGGUCACUGGCUCACAAGGAUGAGAAAGGAGACACGGACACCAGCUGCCGCAGUACACCAUCUCUGGAGUGCCAAGAGCAGCGCUUGCGUGUGGACCACCUACCCUUACUGACCAUUGAGCCUCCAAGCGAUAGCUCAGUGGAGCUGAGCGAUCGUUCCGAUCGCAGCUCUUUGAAGAGACAGAACGCAUAUGACCGGAGCCUCGGCAACCAGCAGAGCAGCCCCAAACACAUCACCCACAGCCUGCCACCCCGAGGGCCUUCCAGAGAAGAAGAUGCGCCCCGCCAUCGUCCACGACAGUUGGAGGCUCACCUGGCCAUCAAUGGCACCUCAAACCGGCAGAGCAAGUCAGAGUCUGAUUUCUCUGACGGUGACAAUGACAGUAUCAAUAGCACAUCCAACUCCAAUGACACCAUCAACUGCAGCUCUGAGUCCUCGUCCAGGGACAGCUUGAGGGAGCAGACACUCAGCAAGCAGACCUAUCACAAAGAGACUCGCAACAGCUGGGACUCACCUGCAUUCAGCAAUGACAUCAUCCGAAAGAGGCACUACCGCAUUGGUCUAAACCUUUUCAACAAAAAACCUGAGAAAGGCAUCCAGUAUCUGAUAGAGCGGAACUUUGUUCCAGAUACUCCAGUAGGUGUGGCCCACUUCCUGCUCCAGAGGAAAGGCUUGAGUAGACAGAUGAUUGGCGAGUUCCUGGGUAACAGGCAGAAGCAGUUCAACCGAGAUGUCCUUGACUGUGUGGUGGAUGAAAUGGACUUCUCUGCUAUGGAGCUUGACGAAGCCCUCAGGAAAUUCCAGGCACACAUCAGAGUGCAGGGAGAGGCACAGAAAGUGGAGCGUCUGAUAGAGGCCUACAGCCAACGCUACUGCAUCUGCAACCCUGGUGUGGUGCGACAGUUCAGGAAUCCCGACACCAUCUUCAUCCUGGCCUUUGCCAUCAUCCUUCUCAACACAGACAUGUACAGUCCCAACGUCAAGCCUGAGAGGAAGAUGAAACUGGAAGACUUUGUUAAAAACCUUCGAGGAGUGGAUGAUGGGGAGGACAUCCCUCGAGAGAUGCUGGUAGGGAUAUAUGAGCGGAUUCGCAAGCGAGAGCUCAAGACUAAUGAAGACCAUGUGUCCCAGGUUCAGAAAGUGGAAAAACUCAUUGUUGGAAAAAAGCCGAUUGGCUCAUUACACCAUGGUCUGGGCUGUGUACUGUCCCUACCCCACAGGAGGCUGGUCUGUUACUGCAGACUUUUUGAAGUGCCCGACCCCAACAAACCACAGAAGUUGGGCCUGCAUCAAAGGGAGAUCUUCCUCUUUAAUGACCUGCUUGUGGUUACUAAAAUUUUCCAAAAGAAGAAGAACUCUGUGACGUACAGCUUUCGGCAGUCCUUCUCACUUUAUGGCAUGCAAGUGCUGCUCUUUGAGAAUCAGUAUUACCCCAAUGGAGUCCGUCUGACCUCAGCUAUUCCUGGAGCUGACAUCAAAGUCCUUAUCAACUUCAAUGCACCUAAUCCUCAGGACCGUAAAAAGUUUACUGAUGAUUUACGAGAAUCUAUUGCUGAAGUCCAAGAGAUGGAGAAGUACCGGAUAGAAUCUGAGCUAGAGAAACAGAAGGGGGUGGUGAGGCCCAGCAUGUCCCAGAGUUCAGGGCUGAAGAAGGAAACAGGCAAUGGUAACCUGAGCCGAGCAAGCCUUGAUGACAGCUACGCCAUUGGUGAAGGUUUAAAGAGAAGUGCCCUCAGCAGCUCCCUGCGUGACCUCUCAGAUGCAGGCAAGCGUGGGAGACGCAGCAGUGCAGGAUCACUAGACAGCAAUAUGGAAGGCUCCAUCAUUAGCAGUCCUCACAUGCGGCGGAGAGCCCCCUCCAGCCGAGACUGUCCGUCCCGCCACAGUGGCCAGUCCCUGCCCAACUCCUCUUCACUGCUUGGAUCUUUGUUUGGCACCAGACGGGUGAAGUCCCCCAGCCCCACCCCACAGCCUCUGCACCCCACCCUCAUCUCCCACACCCCUCAUCCGGCCAACCUGCACCACACAGCCCGGGUGGAAUCAGACACGGCGGUCCCCAUGCACCACGCCCAGUUCUGCCAUAUGACCCAGAACCCCCCGCCUUACCACCACCACCACCACUACCACCCACCGGCCCACUUACAGCACCCCCCGCACCAGUACCACCCGCCAUCCUCUCAUGGCCAGCAGCCGCCAUACCCGCCUCACGCACCGCACGCUCACGGAGGCCACCCAGCGCAUUCCUCCCACCCUGCUCACGGCUCCCACCACCAUGGCCCACCGCCAGCAUCCUCCCAGGCAACCAGCAGCACCAAGCCCAAGCACAGCGGCAUCAGCACAGUGGUCUGAGGGACACAGGGUCUCUCUGUGCUCUCUGACUGAACUUUGAUUUUGCUCCAAGGCUCUCGACUGACGAGACGGUCGCACUGUGCAUCAUUAGUCUGGGGAUGAGAAGCCAGACGAGAUCCUGUGCCUCCUUCAUCAUCUUUUGUUACCCUCGUCACAGGGGACGUUCAUUCAGUAUAAACACAAUUCUUUUCCAGUUGCUCCUUUCACUUCAUUUCAGGUUCAUUUAGGUUAUGUCUGCCUGCUUCAAAAGCGACAGUCAACAACACAAGAGCAUGCACAAAGACCACGACUACUGUUUCUCCUCAGUAAAUUCAAGGAACAUGAUCAAAUUUCUUGCUUACUAGUAUUUUACAAAGUAAAUAGUAACCUUGACUCCAAUGUCUACAAAGUGAUUUUAUGUAGUGAGAGGGUGAACAGACAGACAGAGACGGUCAUCCUCAACAGUAGCUGUACGAGUAUUUAAUGUAGCGAUAGCUCACAGUGCACUGUGAUAUCUCUGUUAGCAGUGAUAAAUGUGCCAAUUAUUGAAGCAUUUACUAAUUUAGUCACAAAAAUGCUUUAUGUAUAUUGUGCAGAGUAUUUUGUAAAGUAAUAUCAACUGUUAUAAUUAUAAUUGUUAUUAUUACAGAACAAAAGGCAUCAGUUCAAACUCUCAGUAUUAUACUCGCACAUAGGUGGCGUAGUUUCGCUGUUAAGGAAACAAGCUUUCAACAGUUAGGCACUUCAGUAAGCUGGGACACUACUGUAUUUGGUUGCCUUUGAGCUAGAACUCUGUGAAGAUUGUUGAAGGCCGGUGCAGACCUGAACAGGGGCCUACAUACAGCCUCACCCACUGCACUUGUCAUUGGUUCACCUCGCCUGCUCUGGAAGGCCACAGCGAGCUGCUGAGCAAACUGAAUGUCUGCCCUUCAGUACUGGCUGCUUGUCUGCCAUCAUUUUAUUUUUUUAACUAUUUUUUUAGAGUCCAAUAAACAAUCUGAAAUGCUCUAUGUGUUGUACCACAUUCUGGUAGGAUUCUUCAAGUCCAUUCUGCAGGAGAAGCAGGAGGAGGUGUUUUGCAUUAGAAACUGAAGUAGUCUGUGCGAACUGUGUAGCAGGGAAACAGCAACAUGACUGUUAAAGUGUCUCUCGUGACGUGGAAGCUCUCAGCUGGCUGAGUGUGCCCUGUCCCUCUUUGGUUUCACUGUGCGUCUCUCGAGCGGCGAGCGGCGAGCGCAUCGUGCAGCGCUCUUUACUCCCUUGAUCGGACUUUUCCCCCGGAGCUACACGGAUGCCACAGUACAAAAAAAAUCAAUAAUUAUCAUUCUGCUAUGGUGAUAGUACUCUUAUGCUUCACUCACCACAAAUGGCAGUUUUAUAUCAAUCACAUUUCUAACAUAUUAUGAGAUGGCUGGUUGUACCUCCCAGCCAUCCUGUGCACAGUAUCUGUGGUGCAGAGCGGAGGCAGGGGGCUGGUGUGCUGGAGCAUAUUUUCUGUUGAAAGUGAUAGACACAGCACUUGUUCUACUUAGUUAUAUCAAUGGCAGACAUUAGUCUAUAUCUGCUUGGAGACUAUGAGAUGGAUUUUUUUGUAUGUGCAAUAUGUAUUUACUUUGUUGACAAAGAACAAUUGCAAUCUGGUGGUUGUUCUGUUUUGUUAGUUCUGUUAGUUUUGUCUUUCUUUUCCCUGAAUUUUUUUCCCCCAGUGUUCUUUGUCAUUUCUGCCUCAAUGUUUCAGUGAAGUGCAAGUAUCCACAUGGAUUUGGAGGGACUGGACCUUCCACACUGAUAAAGAAUGUCAAAGAAAAUAAUUGCAUGUGAUGAUGUAUUUUGAGGCUAUUUUCUAACUAUUGUGUAUUCCCAAGCUAUAUCAGUGUUACAGUUGACAGUUGUUAAAAAUGAAUGGUAGAAUAGUUUUGACUUCUUCAAUUACAGCUGACUGAAGUCAACUAUGUAUUUGUGUCACAGGAUAACCAAAUCUGUAUCUUAUGCUGAUCCACAUACAGUAGUUCACUGGGCCUUUAGUUGUACAACAGUAGUUAAGGCUGGAUGUUAACACAGCUGUGAGAGGAAAGGUGUGCAGGUGAGAGAUGUGCUACGUCAUCUGGGAAUCGUAGUGUAAAUGGACAGACACUUAUGAGUAUAAUGAACGGAACUCUUUUAUCCUCAUAUUUAUCAUCUGUCUCAGACACACCUUACUGUUGUUAAGUGAUGUCCAGUGGAUCAGUAUUCUUAAGUAGUUUUUCUUCAAGGUUCGAGUUUUCCAGAUGGCACGUUCCAGUACAACACCCUUAAUGAAAGGUUUAUAAGUUGCCUCUAAUUUAACUAAUUAACUAUUAAUAGCUAACUAAUAAAGGAUUUACCAACGCUUUAUACAUCAGUAAUAGCUCAUUCAUAAGAACUGCUUUUGGUUUGCCAUGUUCUGGAAACAAUCCCUUAGACUGGUUUUUAUCCCGCACCAAAUGUUGCAGUUGAUCAGCAGACCAGUUGAUUGGCGACAGUACACAAACCCGGCAUUGUAGUGUUUCACUCCCAUAAACAACACAUAAACACCUGUAUUCACUCUAAUGCAAUGCAAAACAUUAACCCUCUGAGAUAAGAGCCCAGGUGCUUUCUCACAGCAAAUGCCAUAUAUUGGUUGACGCUGUUGUUAAGGCCGUCCUCUGCUACACUGAUCACAAGAUGAGCUUUAGGACCUCUGCCAAAUACCUGUCAAAGACAUUUUUCACAACCAGGCAACCCAAAUGUUCCUUUCAUCAUUACUGAUCUGUAAAGCAUUAGUAAAGAAUUUAUUAACAAUUUUGGAAGCCAUCAGUUACAACCCAAAGACUCUUUGCGGGGUUCCUUGCAGUUAGACAUUUAGGAUUACUUAUUGGAUAGAGGUUUCAUGUUUAAAAUGUCACUUAUGAAUCAAAAUGUGCUUUGCUACUAAUGUACCAUAAUCUAAUCUAAGAUCUAAUUUUGAUCUGUUAAAUACAACAUUUAGUUUAGAUUCCACUGAUUGAGAAAUGUGCCAAUAUAGCAUGGUCAUUACAUUUUAACAUUUUGUACCAAAUAAAUUGGGGACCAAAUUACCAAAUCUACCCACCACAGUUGACCAAUCACAACUUCUGUCUUCACACCCAGGACUGAUCGCUAAUAUGUUGAGGAACAAUAGUGCAGACAGCAGCCAAGAGGAAACCUAGUUGUAAUGAAUAUUAAACAUGAGUGUUUUCAGUCACAACCCUCGAGUUUCUUCAGAUGACUGAUCUAUUGUAGAACCUGUCCAGAUUCCAUGUGAGGUGCUCUUUUGCAUGCCAUUGAUGCCUAUUGUCUCUUUUUUUCUCUGCUUUUUUUGUUCUGUUUUGUUUUUUUAAGUGUUGUUCUCUUGAGCAGCGGGCUUGAGUAGACUCCCCAACUUUCAAUGUAGCUUUGAUUUGUCUGACUGAUGCUUGUUUACAUUUAGAUGAUUUUUGGCCUACUAGAGUGUCUUUUCAUUUAAAGUUGUGUCAUUCUCUUUCGGCAUGCAUUUCACCUCUGUUUCCAUUGUACAGUUUAAAGAUAUGGCAGUAUGCUGCCGAGUGUAAAUAGAAAAUCCAUCUGAGGAAAUCUAAUGUAACUUGAUGAAGAGGGUUUGAAAGAGAGGAACCAUUUGCGGGUGGGUAGUAAAGAAUGAGAAAACAUAUGUAAAUAGUCUGUAAAUUAUUAUCAUUAUUAUUAUUACUACUCAAUGUCUGCAGUUACAUUGAAGCUGCAUUCCUGCUCCCCUCUGAUAUUUACAUAAUCAACUGCUUCUCUCUGCCUCCGACAGGACUGAAUUAUCAUAGGAUCUAGAGAUGAACGGCCAACUGUUACACAGUUAACACUGCUUCUGACUUAUUUCCUGAGACGCUCCUGUUCUCUCACACUCACAGCCCACUUUUGAAAUCAAAGGGAAGGGAGGAGUGCUCUUAUUUUAUUAUGCAUUCUGUUUCUAAGUAGACAAACCCCAUCGAUGUAAAGCUAGUACUGUGACAAUGUUGAGAACGCAAAAUAAAGCGAUAUACUGUAAAACCU